AUAAAUAAUAAAUAAAGAUAAACAAUUCUCCUAAUUCCAUUACCGACGCUAUUAAAGAAGCUCAUAGAAUUAUCUUAAAAAUAUAUUAAAAAAGAAAAGAAAAAUCGCUAUCUCCGAUCUCCAUCGCAAACCCUAGAACUUCAUCAUCUCGUCUUUUCAGGUUUGGGUGGCGGUUUUAUCAUUUUUAAUCAGUGGUGGGCCUGGUGGCGUUGGUGGUUUUUAAGCAUCUGUAUAUUUUUUGUUAUCUUGCAACUCAACUUGAUUAUUUGAGCUAGAAACUUAGUCACUCGGGAAUGGUCGUUGAAACUUGUAAUUGUAUCACGAAGUCUUGAUGCCAAGUGGGAUCUCCGUGAGGGAGGAUGAACAUCGUUAAGGGUGUUGCUGACCUUAUCCGAAGAACUUCGUCGGGCCAAAUUGGUGAACCUUCAGGUUACCAAGCUCAAAAAUUUUCUCCUCCUGGACCAAAGAUUCGCUUCAGUGAUGUUGGUGAUGAGGCAAUUGUAAAUACUCUAUGGGAGCGAUAUGAGAAAGUUGAUGAUAAGGUGGAGAAAAAGAGGUUGCUUCACGUUUUCAUCAAGCAAUUUGUAGUUGCCUACAAGGACUGGCAACCUGUAAAUUCCGGUAUAUUGUUAGAGUCUGCAUCUGUUGAGAACUUACAAUCUGCUGAUGAUGUGGUUGUUGGCUGCUCAGCUGGACAUCCCGUUGAAGUUAUUCGAGUAUUAAUUGAUGAGAUUACUCAGCUAAGCUCAUUGGUCACUGAGUUGAGCACCAGCGUGGUGCAAUCCCCAGAAGAGUUAUCUGGGGCCACUACCAAGUCAUUUAUUACAUCUGAAGGAUAUUUUAUUUUGGAUGCACUAAAAAUUAUAACCCGUUCAUUAUAUAAUUGUCGUGUCUUUGGAUACUAUGGUGGGGUUCAGAAACUUACAGCACUAAUGAAAGGGGCUGUCGUACAACUUAAAACCAUAAGUGGUGCCCUUUCUGCUGAUGAAAGUUUGUCUGUCUUUGUGGCAGAUAAAAUCAAGCUUCUCCAACAAAUUCUGACAUAUGUUGUGUCAAUCAUUUAUAUUUUCAUUGAUUUAGGAUAUAAUAUAGACAAACAAGAUGAGUUGUUCUGCCAUCCUGUAGGCAUUACUUUUCAUGCUGAUGCUCCAAUCAGCUCUUCAAACAGUUCAAGGGAUUUAUCUACUGAAGCAAGGCUACAUUGGCGACAGAAAGCAGUUGUUUCUGUGAUGGAGGCUGGUGGUCUAAAUUGGUUAGUAGAGCUAUUACGUGUCAUCAGAAGAUUCAGCUUGAAAGAGCUGUGGAUGGAUGAUUCACUUCAGUACUUGAGCUUGAAAAUCCUAUCCUUGGCCUUGGCUUUAAAUCCCCGGGGUCAAAAUCAUUUUAAAAGUAUUGGAGGGCUGGAAGUGCUUUUGGAUGGUCUUGGAUUUCCAUCGAAUUAUGCUAGAGUUUACAGUAAAUUUGUUUUGGCUGACGGAUUGAGGGAUGAUAAACCACUGCAGAGAACUUUCCAGCUUCAUAUUCUUGCUCUGGAAGUUUUGAGGGAAGCUGUCUAUGGAAAUACAAACAACUUGCAAUUUCUUUGUGAAAUUGGUAGGGUGCAUAAAUUUGCAAAUAGCUUUUGUUCACCAGCUUUUGUGCUUCAAGAUUUGGGGCAAGAGAAGGGUCAUCCUCUGCAUCAGGCUGUUGGUUUGCUUGAUCUUGACACUAAAAAGGAAGAGAAUGGUGUUAAACCCAAUCCCGCUGCGUCAUCAGCUAGCCAUCCAACCCAUGUUUCCUUUUUUGAGUUUUGGAAUGAUUAUGUUAUAAGGUUGAGCAGGGGUCUUUGUUCAUUUCUUCUAGUACCUGAAGGCUCAAAAUCUCUUACGGUCCAAGUAUGUUCUAGUCGAUUGUCAUUGCCUAUUUCUUCGGCCUAUUGUGAACUGUCAAUCAAAUGGGUCAUAAGAGUUCUAUUUGCAGUAUUUCCUUGCAUCAAAGCUUGCUUAAGUCAGAAUGGGUCGCCAAGUUAUUCAAGGGUUUUUGUCACAAUUCUACAGAACACAGUUCUUAAUGCAUUCAGAGACAUUCUCUCUUCUUCUCCUCUCUUACUUGAAAUUUUCCGUGAAGAGGGAAUAUGGAAUCUUGUCUUUUCAGAAAAUUUCUUUUUCUUCGAAUCAGUUUCUGAUGAAUCUGCUAGACAGAUACUUGAUAACGAUGAGGAUUCUGAAAUACUGUCUGCUCCAAGUAGUGUAAGCAACAUGGCAGAAGUUAGUGGUGUCAAUAAUCUACAGUUAGAAAUAAUUUCAUUUGUGGAGUUUGCUGCCACUUCAAGUGGAAAUGCACACAACAUGGCUGAAAUGUCUGCUAUGCUGGAUGCACUUGAACAUUCUGCUUAUAAUCCUGAAAUUGCUAGUGUUCUUUUGAGGAGUUUGGUUCGCAUUUUGCAGCUCUCUCCAGAAAAAACAAUUGCUUCCUUUAAUACAUUGAAUGCAAUUUCCCGGGUUCUAAAGGUUGCUUGUGUUCAAGGACAAGAGUCUAGAAGAUCUGGUAUCAUGAACCCCUCCAAUGAGAAUAGUAGCAUGGAAUUAUUAUCACUGGUGCAUGACCAAUAUAAAUCCAAUUUGUCUGAGAGUGUAAAAAGUUGGUUUAAUUGUAUGAAAUUAUGCCUGGAGUUCUUUUCCAAGUUCUCAGAAGCUGUUGAAGACACUAGGAGUUUGAUCUUGCAUAAUUUUUCAUGCGUUGAUUGCUUGUUUGAUUUGUUUUGGGUAGAAGGUUUGAGACAGGAUGUGCUUAGACACAUACUUGAUCUAAUGAAGAUUGUACCACACUCUGAGGAAGAUAAAAAAGCAAUGUUACAGUUAUGCUCUAAGUAUUUAGAAGUGUUCACUCAAAUAAAAGAACGGGAAAAAAGCUUUGUUGAUCUGUCUAUUGAUUUGUUGGGUGGGAUGAGAGAUUUGCUACAGGCUAACCAAGCAUACUAUCAAGCUCUAUUUCGUGACGGGGAAUGCUUCUUGCAUGUUGUAUCGCUGCUUAACAGCAACCUUGAUGAGCCAAAUAGGGAGAAAUUAGUUUUGAAUGUCCUCCAAACACUCACUUGUCUGCUUGCAAGUAAUGAUGCUUCAAAGGCUGCAUUUAGAGCACUUGCUGGAAAGGGUUACCAGACAAUGCAGAGUCUUCUGUUAGAUUUUUGCCAUUGGCAUUCAAGUGAAAGCUUUCUAGAUGAAUUGCUUGAUAUGCUUUUUGACGGAAAAUUUGACAUCAAUACUAGUCCAAAGAUUAAGAAUGAAGAUGUAAUAAUAUUAUAUCUAUCUGUACUGCAAAAGAGCAGUGAGUCUUUGCAGCAUUAUGGACUAGACAUGUUUCAGCAACUGCUAAGAGAUUCCAUCUCCAACAGUGGGCAUAGUAUAUCCGGCAAGGACAUCCGCAAAAUCUUUGCUCUACUGCGAAGUGAGAAAGUUGGGAAGAGGAGACAAUACUGCUCUGUUUUGUUGACAAGUCUCUUGUCAAUGCUACAUGAGAAGGGGCCAACUGCAUUCUUUGAUCUUGAUGGAAGUGAUUCCGGUAUCAUUCUUAAAACACCUCUGCAGUGGCCUAUGUAUAAGGGUUUUUCUUUUUCCUGCUGGCUCAGGAUUGAGAACUUCCCUAAAAAUGGAACAAUGGGUCUUUUCAGUUUUCUUACGGAAAGUGGAAAAGGAACCUUGGCUGUGCUUGCAAGGGAGAAGCUAACUUAUGAGUCAAUUAACCUAAAGAAACAGCGUGUGGACCUGAAUGUUAAUCUAGUUAGGAGUAGAUGGCAUUUUCUUUGCAUAACUCAUAAAUCAAUUAAAAAUUUAUACUGUUUGACGAAUUGACCUUUGUGUCGCUAUGACUUGAGUUACAUGCUUUGUUUAUUCAGGUAUGCUAAAGUGAGUGAAUCAUUAACAAGUUGUACGGUUGGUUCAAAAAUUAAGAUGCCUCACUAUGAAGACAAUGCACUCAUCUUUGAAUCAAUCCGAGAUUCGGGCCCUUUUUUUGGCCAAAUUGGCCCCAUUUAUUUGUUUAACGACGCCCUUUCUGCUGAACAAGUUCAGAGUAUCUACUCUCUGGGACCCAGUUAUAUGUAUUCAUUCCUUGAUAAUGAAGCUUUACCACUUUGUGGUGAUAAGUUACCCAGUGGGAUUCUUGAUGUAAAAGAUGGUCUUGCAUCAAAAAUCAUCUUUGGACUCAAUGCUCAGGCAAGUGUUGGCAAAAUGCUGUUUAAUGUUUCACCAAUAAUGAGUCAGGCAUUGGAGAAGAAUUCCUUUGAGGCGGCUGUAAUUGGUGGAACUCAGUUAUGUUCACGACGCUUGCUGCAGCAAAUAAUAUAUUGUGUCGGUGGCGUAUCUGUGCUUUUCCCGCUUAUCGCCCAGACACAGUGUAGUAAAUUUGAAAUUGAAAAGGUGGGAGAAUAUGAAAAGACAUUAGUAGCACAGACAAUGAGGGAAUAUAUGAUGACCGAGGUUAUUGAGCUGAUUGCUUCUCUUAUAGAUGAGAACCUAGCAAAUCAACAACAGAUGUAUCUUGUGUCUGGAUUUUCUGUCCUGGGAUUCUUGUUACAAUCAGUUCCUCCACGAGAACUUAAUAUGGAGACUCUUUCUGCAUUGAAGCAUCUUUUUAAUGUUGUUUCUAACUCUGAAUUGCUUGUGAAGGAGGCUAUUUCUAGCAUAUUUCUUAAUCCUCUUAUCUGGGUCUACGCAAUUUACAAGGUGCAACGAGAACUAUACAUGUUUCUGAUUCAACAAUUUGAUAGCGAUCCUCGAUUACUGAGGAGUUUGUGCCGGCUUCCACGUGUUCUUGACAUAAUUCACCAAUUCUAUUGUGAUAAUGUCAAGUCUCGAUUCCUUCCUGGAAGUAACCCUGAUCAACAUCCUAGCAAAGGAAAUACUGAGCAGAGACCUGGUGUAGAAGAAAUACAUAAGAUCCGUCUUCUUUUGUUAAGUCUUGGUGAAAUGAGUCUCAGGCAGAACAUUGCUGCAGGCGACAUAAAAGCUCUUAUAGCUUUUUUUGAGACAAGUCAAGAUAUGACUUGUAUUGAAGAUGUCUUGCACAUGGUUAUUCGUGCUGUUUCCCAGAAACCAUUGCUUGCUUCUUUUCUCGAGCAAGUUAAUAUCAUUGGUGGUAGUCAGGUUUUUGUCAAUCUUCUCCAGCGAGAAUCUGAAUCCAUCAGGUUACUGAGCUUACAGUUCAUAGGAAGGCUUUUAGUUGGGCUACCAUCUGAGAAGAAGGGAACAAGAUUUUUCAACCUCCCAAUGGGACGACCUAGAUCUCUUAAUGAAGGCCAAAGGAAAAACAGAAUGCAACCAAUUUUCCUAGCUAUAUCUGAUAGACUGUUCUACUUUCCACAGACUGAUAAUCUCUGUGCCACGUUAUUUGAUGUUCUUCUUGGUGGUGCUAGCCCCAAGCAGGUUUUACAAAGGAACAACCAAUUUGAGAGGGUCAGAAGCAAGGGCAUUACUACCCAUUUUUUACUUCCUCAAAUGUUGCCACUGAUUUUCAGAUAUCUGUCUGGCUGUGAAGAUGGACUUGCAAAAAUUAAAAUUAUCAGAGAUCUACUUGAUCUUCUUGAUUCAAAUCCUUCCAAUAUUGAAGCUUUUAUGGAAUAUGGGUGGAAUGCAUGGCUUUCAUGUUCUCUAAAGCUUGAUAUUUUAAAAGAUCACAAUGUCCAGUCACUUGAUCAAAGUGAAAAUAGCAUGGAUCAGCUGCUAUUGGUGAGGAACUUGUUUUCUCUAGUUCUCUGUCACUAUUUGCAUUCUGUAAAAGGUGGUUGGCAACAAUUGGAAGAGACAGUCAAUUUCCUUAUCAUGCACUCUGAAGAUGGCAAUUCGUGUCCAAAUUUUCUUCGAGAUAUGUAUGAUGAUAUUAUUCAGAAUAUGGUGGAGCUGUCAGCUGUGGAUAAUAUUUUCAUUUCACAACCCUGUCGAGAUAAUACGUUGUAUUUGCUGAGACUAAUUGAUGACAUGCUGAUAUCUGAGAUUGACAAAGAACUCCCGUUCUUUGGAAGUGACUCUGAAUUUCACCUUAACUUGGAAAUGGAAUCUCACAAAGAGUACAACUCCGCUUUAAAAGAAGUGCUAAUAGGAGAGGCUGACGAACAAACAUCAAGAAAAUCAAAGAAUUUCAAGCCGCCAAUGACAAAUGAUGAUUCGAUUGCAGAGAAAUGGUGGAAUCUAUAUGACAAAUUGUGGGUUGUUAUUAGCAAGAUGAAUAAUAAAGGACCUAGCAACAUGUUACCCAAAGCUUCAUCGUUUGCAGGACCAUCCCUUAGUCAAAGGGCACGUGGAUUAGUUGAGUCAUUAAACAUUCCGGCUGCUGAAGUGGCUGCUGUUGUUGUAUCAGGAGGAAUUGGCAGUGCUUUGAGUGUAAAACCUAACAAAAAUGUUGAUAAAGCUAUGGUUUUACGGGCAGAAAGGUGCCCUAGAAUUAUUUAUCGCCUUGUUAUCCUGUACCUUUGUAGAGCUUCCUUAGAAAGGGCAUCCCGGUGUGUCCAACAGUUCACAUCACUUUUACCUUCCCUUUUAACUGCUGAUGAUGAACAAAGCAAGAGUAGGCUUCAACUUGUUAUUUGGUCACUGCUUGCAGUUAGGGCACAGUAUGGAAUGUUGGAUGAUGGUGCUCGUAUUCAUCUCCUAUCUCAUCUGAUACGAGAGACUGUCAAUAUUGGAAAAUCGAUGCUUGCUACUAGCAUUGUGAGCAGGGAUGACACCAUGGAUUCAAGCCAUAACUCAAAAGAUGCAGGAUCCAUACAAAAUUUGAUUCAAAAGGAUCGUGUUCUUGCAGCAGUCAGUGAUGAAGCUAAAUACAUGAAGACAUCAAAGACUGACCGCGACCAGCAGAUACAGGAACUCCAUUCUAGAUUAGAUGAAAACUCAUUGGCUGAAUCUAGUAACAAGAAAGUUAUUGAAGAUGAGAUACAAAAUAGCUUGAACACUGUUCUAGCUUCGGAUGAAAGCAGAAGAACGGAAUUCCAGCUUACUUAUGAGGAGGAGCAGCAGAAUGUAGCUGAAAAAUGGAUACACAUGUUUCGUUCAUUGAUUGAUGAGAGAGGCCCUUGGUCUACCAACCCCUUUCCAAACCAUGCUGUCAAACGCUGGAAACUGGACAAGACAGAAGAUACAUGGCGUCGUAGGCCCAAACUUCGACAAAAUUACCAUUUUGAUGAAAAUCUGUGUAAUCCUCUUUCAAUCACUUCUGCCGAGGUUGCUAGUCCAGUCAAUGAUAGUAAUCCUGGUGUUAUGGCAAACAUAUCGGAGCAAAUGAAGGAACUAUUGCUGAAAGGCAUAAGGAAAAUAACUGACGAGGGGUCCUUGGAUGGUAAUGAAACCAAUACUGAAGUAGGUGGACAGAAGACACCGAUUCUCUCUGAUAAUCCAGAUUGUCAAUCCUCUGACAUACUUAAGGAGAGCAGUGACAGAAAGGAUACUGGCCAAGAUCGUAAAGACAUUUCCUCUUCGUCUGAUACAGAAGCUAGUGAGGUGCUGGUGUCAGUUCCAUGUGUUCUUGUGACCCCAAAGAGGAAAUUAGCUGGUCAUUUGGCUAUCAUGAAAAAUGUUUUGCAUUUUUCUUCUCAAUUCUUGGUUGAAGGUACCGGUGGGUCAUCUGUUUUCAGAAACUUUGAUGCAUCAACUAGUUCUGAUGGGACCAAGUCUGAUCAAAAGAAGUGGCCUGCUUCUGAUAUGGAACUCCAGAAGGGAAUUACAGUUGGCAAUGUAGAGGUUAUAAAUGGGAAUGGUUCUUCUAAACUUAUGAGAUGUGUUAAACGCCAUCGAAGAUGGAGCAUGGCCAAGAUAAAAGCUGUUCAUUGGACUCGGUAUUUGCUAAGAUAUACUGCCAUAGAGAUCUUCUUCAGCAAUUCAGCUGCCCCAGUUUUUCUAAAUUUUGCAUCUUUGAAGGACGCAAAAGAUAUUGGGAACUUGAUAGUUAAUUCAAGAAAUGACUAUUUAUUUCCCAGGAAAUGGAAAUUAAUGAUUCUCAACACACUAGCUGGAAGAUCUUAUAAUGAUUUAACCCAGUAUCCUGUUUUCCCUUGGGUCUUGGCCGAUUACUCGUCUGAGCUUCUUGAUUAUAACAAGUCAUCUACAUUUCGGGAUCUCUCAAAGCCUGUUGGAGCACUCGAUAAUAAACGAUUUGAGGUGUUUGAAGACAGAUACCGUAACUUCUGUGAUCCUGAUAUACCCAGUUUCUACUAUGGAUCUCAUUACUCAAGUAUGGGCAUAGUGCUUUAUUACCUUCUUAGAUUAGAACCCUUCACAUCUCUUCACCGUAAUCUACAGGGUGGUAAAUUUGAUCAUGCUGACCGUCUUUUUCAAAGCAUUGAGGGCACAUACAGAAAUUGCCUUACAAAUACUAGUGACGUGAAGGAGUUAAUACCUGAGUUCUUCUACAUGCCUGAGUUUCUUGUCAAUUCAAACUCGUAUCAUCUAGGAGUUAAACAGGAUGGUGAACCUAUAGCGGAUAUUUGCCUCCCUCCCUGGGCAAAGGGUUCACCUGAAGAAUUCAUUAGGAGAAACCGGGAGGCACUUGAAAGUGAAUAUGUUAGUUCAAAUCUCCAUCAAUGGAUAGAUUUAGUAUUUGGUUACAAGCAACGAGGAAAACCUGCUGUGGAGGCAGCAAACAUCUUCUACUACUUAACUUAUGAAGGUGCUGUUGAUUUGGAAACAAUGGAAGAUGAUCUGCAAAGAGCAGCCAUAGAAGACCAGAUAGCCAACUUUGGUCAGACUCCCAUCCAGAUAUUUCGGAAGAAACACCCAAGAAGAGGGCCACCUAUUCCGAUUGCACACCCUUUACGCUUUGCACCUGAUUCUAUCAGUUUGACUUCCAUCGUUUCUAAUACUAGUCACCCGGCAUCUGCUGUAUUGUAUGUUGGUCUUAUGGAAUCCAAUAUCGUUCUUGUAAAUGACGGCCUCAUCUUGUCUGUUAAGAUGUGGUUGACAACACAGCUGCAAUCUGGUGGAAAUUUUACAUUCUCCGGUUCCCAGGAUCCAUUCUUUGGAGUUGGAUACGACAUACUUUCUCCACGAAAAAUCGGGAUUCCCGUGCCUGAAAAUGUUGAACUUGGAGCACAAUGCUUUGUAACAAUGCAGACAUCCUCCGAGAACUUUUUAGUAUCAUGUGGCAAUUGGGAAAAUAGUUUUCAGGUCAUAUCAUUAAGUGAUGGCAGAAUGGUACAGAGCAUUCGACAGCAUAAAGAUGUGGUGAGCUGUGUUGCAGUGACAUCUGAUGGAAGUAUCCUUGCAACUGGAAGCUAUGAUACAACAGUGAUGGUUUGGGAAGUUUUUCGUGGUAAAGCCACAGAAAAGAGGAUUCGUAACAAUCAGCCUGAAUUGCCUCGUAAAAACUAUGUAAUAGUUGAAACUCCAUGUCAUAUUCUUUGUGGACAUGAUGAUAUUAUAACUUGCUUACAUGUUAGUCAUGAGCUUGAUAUUGUAAUUAGUGGGUCAAAAGAUGGAACUUGCAUAUUCCAUACUCUGCGAGAAGGUAGAUAUGUAAGAUCCUUACGGCAUCCAUCGGGCAGUCCAAUAUCAAAGCUAGUUGUUUCUCAGCGCGGUCAUAUUGUGAUUUAUGCUGAUGAUGAUCUUAGUCUGCAUCUGUAUUCAAUUAAUGGGAAACAUCUUGCUGCCACGGAAUCUAAUGGACGCCUGAAUGCUAUUCAAUUGAGCAGAUGUGGUGAGUUUUUGGUAGGUGCAGGUGAUCAAGGACAGAUUGUUGUUCGCUCUAUGGACACCCUCGAAAUUGUUAAGAAAUAUCAGGGAAUUGGAAGGGCUAUAACAUCUCUAGCAGUAACGCCAGAAGAAUGCUUCUUGGCCGGCACAAAAGAUGGAAGCCUCCUUGUGUAUUCAAUAGAAAAUCCUCAACUUCGGAAAACUAACCAAAACAGAAAUGUGAGAUCAAAGCUUACUUAACAGGAAAGAUAACUACAGCAUGCAGAAGAUGUAUGGAAUUUUAACAGUUAGAGCUGACCUGUGAUGACUGUUCCAGGUGCUCGCACUGGCCAGUGAUCGCAAGUUUGAGGUUAUGCCAUGUUGCUUCCUUGCUGACCUUGUCAUUUUCUUCCCUUCGGGGUUUUUGAUGUCAUCCCCUUCAAGUACUUAGCCUCUGUAUAAUGUGAGAUAAAAGUGAGACCGCAUGGUGGAAUAUAGCUAAAGCAUAUUUUAAAUUCUUGCAUGGAGUUGAAGAACUGAGUUGAUUAUCUACUCUCAGAAACACCAUGAUGGGACAGUAAUUAGAUUCCCUGAAUCAGUUUUCUCGUGCCUUGAGUUGUUGAGAGGUGAAGACAUGAGGUUUUGUUCAUAAAUGUACAUUAUAUAUAUAUUCGUCAAUUCUGAAAUAGGAUUACUAGGUCUCUUGUGCGCUAAAAUUGUAGCUAUGAGCAAUUAUUUUUGUGUUUAUCAUCUGUUCACAUAACACGUAAUAUUAUUGUACAGACAGGCUUGAAUGCCAUAUCUUACAGCUGAAUGCAAAAGGAGGACUGUUCGGCCAUGUGUCAUA